AAGGAAGUGGAGGCAAUCUGAAAAUGGGAGACAAACAUGAUGAACAUCCGAGAGUUUGUGUUACUGGCGCUGGAGGAUUCCUCGCUUCAUCCCUGCUAAAGCUUCUCCUCUGUCAAGGCUACACUGUCCACGGUACCCUCAGGAAUCCAGAGGACAGCAAAAACAGUCAUCUGAAAAACCUUCAAGGUGCAGCUGAAAGGCUGAAACUCUUUAAGGUAGACUUGCUAGAUUAUGAGUCCAUUCUUGCAGCCGUGAAAGGAUGUGAUGGAGUCUUUCAUCUUGCCACCCCUGUUCCUCCCUCCUCUGUUCCAAACCCUGAGGAAGAGGUGCUUAAGCCUGCACUAGAAGGUACUCUUAAUGUUCUUAAAGCAUGCUCUAGUGCAAAUGUUGUACGUGUUGUCGUUGUAUCGUCAGCUUCUGCAAUUGCCAUGAAUCCCACUUGGCCUAGAGGCAAAGUAAUGGAUGAGACCUGUUGGUCCGAUGGCGAGUACUGCAAGACUACAAAUAAUUGGUAUUGUUAUUCAAAGACGGUGGCAGAGCGUGAGGCUUUGGAAUAUGGAAAAAGAAAUGGACUCAAUGUUAUAACCAUGUGUCCGACACAUGUAGUGGGACCAAUGCUGCAACCUACAAUAAAUUCAAGUAGUUUAAUUCUUUUAAAGCUGUUGAGAGAAGGCUUUGAGGAAGUGGAGAACAGAAUCCGGAGUUUGGUAGACGUACGUGACGUUGCUGAAGCAUUAAAAUUAUUAUAUGAGAAACCGGAAGCUGAAGGUAGAUAUAUAUGCACAUCAUACACAGUGACUACUGAGGAUGUGGUGCAGAUUCUCCGGGAAAUAUACCCGAACUACAGAUACCCUAAGAGCUUCAAGGAGUCUGACAAACUUGUGGAAAUGAGCUCGGAAAAACUGCAAAAGCUCGGCUGGACAUAUAGGCCAUUGAAGGAAACCCUUGUGGAUUCUGUGGAGAGUUACAAACAGGCCGGCUUCCUGCACUGAUUUUGGAUUUCCGGGCUAGCUUCUAAAAUGUCUUGACACCAAAAAAAACCCGAAUAAGCAUUGAAGAUGGACUUGUUUUUGCUUCCUGUUUCUGCCAUUAAUAAAGAUGUGGACUUGCUGAGAAGUUCCUUUCUGUAAGUUCAUGUCAAUUUGAUGAUACAAAUCACAUUAAGGGAGAUGUACAACCUCAAAAUUUGAUCCCUGUAUGUAGGGAUGACAAUUUGAUUAUGGCACUUCCGAGACCCGAUUCUUUUGGAAUCGUAUCCAAUUAUUUGUGUAUUGGGUUGGAUAUUAUAUAUACUUUUUCGGAUU